GGGCGACUGGAGCACGUGGGUGCGUUUGUCAGAAGCAGCGAUGGGCAAAAAAGAGAAGAAAGUUGCUGUGGCUUCCGUUCCUCCGCGGAAGGGGCUUCUCCCCCGUGGUAGCCAUGUGAAGAAAAAGGCAAAUUCAAAACCAGAUUGCCUGAAUCAGCAAGAAAUUCCAUAUCGGUUGCGAGAAAUCAUGAGGAGCCGAAAUGAACUAAAAAACCCCACUCGCAAGAAGAAGAAAACUGCAAAUAAGCAGAGGCCUCAGUCAAUGGGUGACAUACCAGUACCGAAGUUCAAGAGACGGCGAGGGGAGACGGAGACCUCAUUCGAUAGACGUAUGGACCGGGAAAUUGAGCACGUGCGCUUUCUCACUGAAAACCAGACACAGCGUGAGCCUGAAAAAGAGAUACAAGUCCAAGAAAAGUCGCAGAGGAAAAAAGAAUUUCAGAAGAAGAGGCUGGAAAAAAUCCGUAAGCAAAAAACGGAGAAGAAAAUAGCAAUGCUCGAGAAGGACCUUCUCAAAGACUCAAUAAAUUUUGGAGAAGUUGCUCUACAGCCUCCCACGCUUACAGCAAAACCCAGAAAGAGCGUUAUCAAAGACAAGGGUGAUCAGAGGCAGCAACUUCUGCUAACGUCUCUUUUGGGCUCUGGCAGGAAAAUCAGUGUUAAAAAAUCAGGCCAUGCCUCUCUCGCUCGCCAAAGGAUCAUUCAAGAGGAGAGAGAACGGGUUGUCCAAGCUUAUCGGGAUAUAAAGAAAAGGAAACAGCAGCAGCAGCAGCCGUUGAAGGAAAGCUUUCUUGCUAUAGACAAACUAAAGAAACCAGCCUGAGUUGGCAGAACGAAUCUAUCAUUCCGAGAAACACAAUGCCAUUACAAACCAAUUGUAGAACGACAACUAAGUCUACUUCUCCUUUCCACUUCCAGUGAGAGUAACCAGCAACACUGAUAAGCAGAUUAACAGCUCAGCAAUACAAGUUUACACACUUUGUUUUUCUGAGCAGACCAAAUUCUUUAAAAGGUGUUUCUUGUAUCUCAGUUUGUUGAAUUUGUAACAUGGAAAAAAACAAAAAACCACUCACAUUUCCACCCGCUACUUCCAAAAGGAUUAGCAAUUCAAAUUGACUACAAGAAUCACAGCUAGUUUUCAAGUACCAAUCUAUUUUGAUGUUUCUCAUAAGCCUCCUUCUGAUGCUGAAGAAAACUGUUCUCCAGUUCAGGGGUCUCCAACCUUGGUCCCUUUAAGACUUGUGGACUUCAACUCCCAGAGCCCUCAGCCAGCAAAGCUGGCUGAGGGACUCUGGGAGUUGAAGUCCACAAAUCUUAAAGGGACCAAGGUUGGAGACCCCUGCUCCAGUUGGACAUUGCAUUCCUUUUGGAAUUUUUUUAAGUCGGUGUGUGUUUUCCCCAUACCUGGAUUGUCUAAAAAGUUUGUGGAAAAACCAAAACAAUCCAGGCUGGGUUCCUCUUUGGAGUUUAGUUACCAGUUUCUGAAUCAAAGUCAGAGAUGUGUUGAGGGGCUUGGACCAUUUUCUCCAAGAUGUUAUCGGAGGCAGAUGAAUUGGAUUAAAAUACGUAUCUACACAAAUGUGUCUUCUUGCUACAGUACUUUGCUGGUUCUGUUGUUAAAGAUUUCCUUUCAGAAGAGAAAAGGGAUUGCUACUCCAGGUACAGCUACUAUAUGGACAUCCACCAUUGAAUACCAGCAGAAACUUUGAUUGGAUGGAAAUCCUUAAGAGAGGAUAAAGCAGAAGGCACACUUCCUUGGCAGAGGUUUAAGAUGAAGGGGAGGAAGCAACAUGCUUAUUUUGCAGAGCAUUUUUGACAACCUUAAGAGGGAAACAAUUUUACCGUCUUUGUCUUUCCCUUCCAAACCCUGGUGCUGUUGUACAAUAACAAGAACAUGUAUUGGCAAAAACCAAUGAAAGAACUUAAUAGAGAAAUAAAGCGGCAUUUUUGUACCCAGCAACAAUCACUCUGUAUUCUUGACUCUACAAGCCGGGGUU